GUGGAAGAACAAGAGGCGGAAGAAUACGGAAAUGGGAACGUUGAAAAAGAAGAAGACGUAGUAGAGGAGGUGGAGGUGGAUAGGGAGGACGAGUUGGAUUUGUCAAAUUCGCCAAUUCAAGCCGAUAAGGAUCCCAACGAUCUAAGAGUGGCUGGCAAGCCGAAGAUGGGAGAAAUACGAUGCUGGAAGGCUACCAUUACGUUUACAUUGGAAUGGGUGGACACUGGACAAGUUAUUGAGAUUGGAUUAAGCGCUUUGCAAAAUUCUGGUGCAUCCUGACCCAACAUCGGUCUCGUGAAAUAUUUGGAAUUCCGCUAGACAAGCAUUUAUCUCCCUGGCGUUUCAAAAACUUGCUUCCACUAUAGAAACAUGACAAAAAUGUUUCCACUUUGGUUAACUACCUUUCCCCAUUCAUGUGCGAACUGGCUUGCAUCAUCCUCCCCAAGGUGGAAAAAAUUAAUCCUUGAAUCCAAAUCAUAUUUGCUUCUAUCUUUCAAAUAUGCAAUCAAUCCCCUCCAUCUUGUUCCUAUCAAUAGCAAAAGAUGAAUCAUCACACCUGUCAUCAAUCUUCUUUCUCCCAAACCACAGCUUGACUACAUCCCAUUUAGAAUUUUUUGCACCAACUUGAGAUAAAGUAAUCUUCAUCAUAUGCCUUUUAUUCAUUCUCUAAAAUUCACUCCUCAUAAUAUUUUUACAAGAAGGAUUGAUUAUUUCUUGACUAUAGAGAAUCACAUUGUCAUCAACCAUACUGACGCCUAUAAAAAGAUGCUGGUUAGAAAACUUGACAAAAAACUUUCAACCCCAUUAAAACCCACAAUUAAUUAUCUUACUAUCCUGUUGAGGAUUUGCAUCAAACCCAUGGUGUGUACUAUUCUCUCCAAGAAUUUUUACCAUAUUAAGUUAUUUACCAAAACACUUAUCUCCUCUACUAGAUCCUCCUCUACAUGUAGAUGUAGUAGGUCGAUGAGAAGUCUCAAUCUAUUGUAGAGUCUAUCUCCCCAAGGUUAUCCUCCUCCCCACGUGAGAUGGAUCUGGUAGAUGUUUUUGAGGUUGAUUAUCAACGGCCAAGAAAACUUAUAGUAUGGUAAGCACAUCUAGCCUCACCUUCAGUGCAUCAAGCUUCAUCUCCAUCGGUUGAACGCUCUCCUCUAAUUACUCAUCUUGUGUUGCCUUAUCAUGUUCAUAAACUUUGCCAAUCCAUGCAUUUCAUCCUCCACGUGCUUCUCUGCAUGUCGUGCUAUGAAGAGCAAAUGAUUUGAUACCAACCGAUAUGGCAUAGUGUAGUGGAAGUUGAAUUUGCAAACACAAAGAUCUUACAACUCUUCUGCAAAACUUAAAGAAUUAAUACUGGGGUCACAAGAAUAUGAAGAAAAAUCUCUCAAAAGAAUUUAUUAGUAAAAAUGUGAAAAAAUGACAUAACUCCUUGGCCAAAAUCAACCUUAAAUAUUUUGUAAGAGUUCAAAUAGACAUAAAAUCCUAUUAAUCUAAAGUUAUGAAAAAUAAACCACAAUCGCUCAAGCAAGAUCUUACAUGCUUCUAGUGACUUUAGUUUGACAACCUUUGCCAUCCAUGUGCAAACUGGUCUAAGAAUUAAUUGCCAUCCUUUGCUUAAGAUUUUGGAGGGUUAUGGUUAGAUCAUUGGUGGAUUCAUUGGCUUUUCAAAUUGAUCGAUUCAAUGGGCACCAAAGCAGCUCGCUGUGGCAUGUUAUACUUGUGUCCAUUAUAUUUUGCAUUUGGAAGGAGAGGUCUUCUAGUGGAAUGGAGCUUUCAGUGGUCAAUUUGAAGUCUUUUAUUGGAUGAGUGCAAUUAGAGAUGUUAGUCAAGAUGUGAAGUUUGAGGGGCAUGGCGAGAUACUAAAACCAGGUUCUCCCGCUCUAGAAAAAUAUGGAGUGAAGAUAUCAUCUGACACCCUUACAGUUGAAGAAAGUCGUGGUAAUUUCCAUUUUUCUCGUCCUUCAAAUGAGCCAUCAACAACACAAAAAGAGGAAUCAGGCUUAAGCUAUGAGAAAUCAAAGUAUAUAAAAUCAAGGAAAGUUCUGGUUCCAAAAGAGAGAGCGUCUAAAUAUCAAAGUGCUGCACAUCAUGAAAGCAACGGAUAUUUGUGCAAUAAGGACAGUAUCGAUGCUAAAACCAACUUUCUUUCUAGCAUCACUGGAAAUGUGAUGGUUGAUGCCAUCUUGAUGAAAGAACACUUAGGUGAGGAGGCCAAUGGUGUCAUGAAUACCAAUGAAGAAAGAAAGCAAUUGGACUUGCAAUCAGGACAUGGCAAAAAGAGAUUGGAAUCAAGGUUUUCCAGAUUGGCCUCUCCUGAUACAAGGAUUAGAAGUCUGUCCCCUGAUGCUGAGAUUAAAGAUGGAAACAAACGCCCAGCGGUUAUUUGUGACUUUUUUGCACAAGGGUGGUGUGUCAGAGGUAGUUCAUGUAGGUUUCUUCAUAUAAAAGAUGCUUUGCAUAAUACUGCUCAAAAGCCCGAGGCAGAUGCAUCUACUUUGAAUUGGAAAAAAGUUCAGGUUGAUGAAGGUUUGAGAGACAUUGCAGAGAGAUCGAGGUCCCCUGGUUUUCCUGAGCCACAGGCAUCUUCAGUUGGAAAGUGUCUGGAAUUUUCUUCACAGUUGUCUUCAGAAAGAUCAAGGUCCCCCGUCUUUGUCUCGUAUAAGGAUGUAGGUAGAGAUGGUGAGAGGCAUAACUGGCCUGCUGAUAAUUAUGGUGACCAUGCUUCAUCUAACAGUAGAGUCAGUUCUAUAGUAACGAACGGCUCACUUCCUGACUAUAGGUUUUCUUCAAGUGGCUCUGUUCUGUUGUCUAGCAAUUACCGCAGUGGGGUCUUCCCUUCUCAUUCAAGCAGUAUGGCUGAAAUGGGUAGUAUUUGGAGCCAACAUAUACACAGUGACUUGAAUUCACCACAUAAGAUCCAUUCUCUGAAUUUGAGCUCAAAUAGUUCUUUUCUGAGUACUAGCAUGUUGCUAUCUCACCGUAUCUCUUCCUGGAGAGCAUCUUCAUCACCAUUUAGUCAUUCCUCUUCCUUGCUUCGUAGUUCUUCUCCCUUCUAUGAUUCUAAAUCAGAAAAUCUACCUAUAACCAAUGUACGGCUGAAAUCUACUGAACAUAAAACAAAGUUUUCUUCAAAUGAUUGGGAGCCUUCAGUACCUUUCCAGCCAUCCUUUUUUAUUCCUCCUAUUGGUACACCAUCUCAAGGACGCCAAUAUGAUCCUCUUCUUGAUAGUAUUGAGUUACCCAGGAUAGGAGAUCAAUCCUUUGGAGUCUCUGUUUGUGGUCAUGGGGUGUCCAUCAUGGAUGCAUCACGUUUGAGGAAAUAUGAUGAUUCUGUAUUAACUGGUAUGCUGGGCCCGGAAUGCAACGAUGAGACAACUUCAGUAUCUUCUCAUAAUAAAUUUCAUGAGAAUGUGUUGGAAAAAGACUCUCGUGAAAGAGUUUCUCUUACAACUGAAGCAGAGACAGUAGGAACUUCUGCUGUUGACUGCCAAAAUGGGACAAUGCCUAAAGAAGAGAAUCCCUUGGGCCCCUCCCGUGUCAAAGAUAUGACAAAAAUGAGUAACGAGGAUCAUGGUUCUAGUCAUCAAAAUGAUGUGUCAAUGCAUCAAGAGGACUUAAAAGUAAGUAGGGCCAGACCAGACAACGAAAUGGAUGUCAGGAAUAAGAUUGAUGGAAAUACGCACAGAGAAUCAAGAGCAGGGAGACAUUUCCGUGCUGCUCUUAUAGAUUUAGUGAAAGAGUUGUUGAAACCAAAUUGGCGUGAUGGCCAUCUCAACAAGGAUGCACAUAACAUGAUAGUUAAAAAAGUCGUUGACAAGGUUCUUAGAGCCUUACAGUCCCAUCAAGUUCCAACCACCUUGGAAUCAGUGAAGCAAUAUCUCUCUUCAUCCCGUCCAAAAAUUGCAAAACUUGUUGAGGGAUAUGUUGACAAAUAUGGCAAAUCUUAAGACGCUAGGCUAUGUGCUUUUUGUUUGUAAACUUUCAUGUGCAUGCAAAGAAUCGAGGGUCAUCAUCGGUUUAUCUGAGGCUAUGUUUUCUGUGAUUCAAACUUAAGACAACAUAUGAUACGUGAUGGUUUUUUCCUUUGAGUGUUGCUUCAUUAAGUAUAUUUAUUUCCUGUUUCAAUCCAUUUUGAAUUAAAUUGUA